AUGCCUCUAAACACUCCAACCCUCAAUAACAUGCAAAGUUAUUCAAGGAUCGUCUCCAGAUCAACCUUCGCGAUGUUUACGACUUAUAAUUUCCAGUUUAAUGCCCGUCACCGGCCCGUGCUGCCGGUCCCUACACCGGCUACUCCCAAUCUGCCAGCGACAUCUCUCAUCAAGCCGUGUGUUUACGAUCCCUCAGCUUCAUUAAUGUUUAUAGUCCUCGUCAUGAGGAGCUCGUAA